UCAGUGCGAAAUUUAGGGUUUUGGAGCACGAGCAAACUUUUCCCAAAAACCACCGCGAAAAUGCAACGCCGAACUCGCCAAAGUUUACGAUUAUCCAUCGCUAACGACAAGGAAAACGAGACUCAGCAAUCAUCGCUAUCCACAAGCGCCCCGAGAAAGCGAAGAUCGACCCUAGCAAUCCCGAAAGUUGGCGAUGAUCACGAGACUCCCAAAAAGGUGUCCCGCAGAAGCAGAAUCUCGCAGCUGCCGCUUGUUGCUAGUGAGGAAAGUGAAGCGUCGGUGGCCUCUGCUCCGGAAGUAACGGCCUCGGAGGACGAGGAAAGUGAAGCGCAAGAGGUAGUGGGAAAACUGCCGGAACGCGAGAAAGAAUACGAUGAGCUGGUAAAGUUUGUCGAUAAUGUGAUCGAAACCGGAGGAUCCGGCAGCUUGUAUAUAAGCGGACCUCCUGGAACGGGGAAAACGGCCACACUGCAGAGAAUUCUGAACCACCGAGCAUACGCCGGUAAGCUUAAGCCGGUUUACAUUAACUGCACUUCGAUCAAAAGCGUUGGAAGCAUCUAUAAAAAGAUUUCCGAGGAGCUGGGACUGAAGGUAACCGGGGGAACGGAAAAGCAGUACCAGAGUGCCAUCGAGGCGUACCUUCAGCGAAAGCAUAAAACCAUUAUGCUGGUGCUGGACGAGAUUGAUCAGCUUUCCAGCAGCAAGCAGACGAUCCUGUACAGCAUUUUCGAGUGGCCAUCUAGACCGACGGCGCGACUGAUUCUCGUCGGCAUUGCCAACGCGCUAGAUCUAACCGAUCGUCUGCUCGUGCGGUUGCAGACUCGCUGCGAGUUGAAACCACAUCUUAUCCAGUUUUUACCCUACACCAAAGCCCAGAUCAUCGUCAUACUUAAAUCGUAUCUGCAGACAAAUGACAUAAUGGAUCGAUUCCCCGAGCCAGCCCUGGCGCUGCUGGCGGCAAAGGUAGCGGCAACCUCGGGAGACAUCCGCCGAGCUCUCUUCAUAACCCGUCGGCUGGUGGAGGGAAUGAAGAAAGAGGAACGCGCGAAGGGUGGAGGUGUCGUGUGUAGUGUUAGCAUCUCCCAAGUCCUGUCCAUGCUGAACCAAGUGUACGGUGGAUCGCAAGCGAUUAACCACGAUCUCGACGAAGGCUUGCCGCUACAGCAGAAGCUGCUCAUCUGCUCGCUAAUGCUCAUUCUGAAGCAUGCCAAGAAUAAGGAUAUUACCGUGGGGAGACUGCACGACGUGUACAAAACGAUCUGCGGCAAGCGUAACAUCCAAACCGUCGAUCAGAGUGAGUUCAUCAAUCUCUGCUCGCUCGUGGAAACACGCGGGAUUGUGCGGUUGCAGGGCAAAAAGGAACCGCGCAUGCACCGGGUGUGUUUGCAGUGGGACGCAGAAGAAAUCAAUACUGCCCUGAACGACAAACAGCUGAUAGCGAGCAUCAUAAACGACGUAUCGUGCUUGGGAAAGUAACGCACGUGUUUCCAUUUGUAGACCGGCGGUAAAGUUUGUUUUAGUUAAAUACUACUUUGAAUAUUUUGACAAAUUAUGUAAUUAAUAAAAGCAAUUUUUGAGAACACAUUUCA